AUGGAUCCAUCUUCUCGAGCCCCGAGGACACUGCCAGUCUUCACACUAGAAGGAAAGAACUGUCUGGUCACAGGAGGAGCAGGUGGUCUGGGCAAAGAAUGCAUUACAGGAUUUGCUCUGUCGGGGGCCAACUGCGCAUGCAUUGAUCUAGAUCUGGACUCGUGUCAAACAACUUUAAAGGAGAUCUCGGCCCGAGUUCUUCAGGAGUCUGGUAUUGAAGCGGGAUCAAUGCGUGGCUACGCCUGCAAUGUCACGGACGAGGACGACGUAAAGAAAACCAUCAACCAGGUGGUGCAGGACUUCGGUCAAAUCGACGUCCUUGUCACAUGUGCUGGAACCACCGUACACCGCGAAGCGGAGGCGACCGAUCUCGCCACCUGGAGCAAAGUGCUCGACAUCAACCUAAACGGUACUUAUCUGUUUGGCCGCGAGGUAGGAAAGCACAUGUUGGACAGAAACAUCCCUGGAUCCUUGAUAUUCAUCGCCAGUGGCGCUGGCACCCGUGCCCCGAGACCACAGGCACAAGCGUCAUACAACGCGUCGAAAGCAGGUGUCAAGCUGUUGGCGGCUUCGUUGGCGAUUGAGUGGGGAAGUCGCGGUAUCCGCGUGAACUCCCUGAGUCCAGGAUACCUGGACACCCCCCUGUCUCGGAAACAGUUCGCAAACCAGGUGUCCGUGAAGCCGGUUCCGGAUCUAAAAGAACAGUGGCUCAGGCAAAUUCCGCUUGGUCGCUUUGCGGAUCCAAGCGAGCUUCAGGGUACUCUCGUCUGGAUGGCAAGCGCGGCAAGCAGCUACUUGACUGGCUCUGAUGUUAUUGUUGAUGGAGCCUGGUCAGCGUAG